AUGAAGGGUAAGUUUCUAAGGGCAUGUCUUAACAAGUGGAAGAAAAUGGGUAGUGGAGUAAUCCAUUGUGGUGGCUACGGUUCCUGUCAUUGCUGUGAAAUGUGGUCUUGCAUGCAUGAGAGGGACUCAAUUCCCAAUGAUGUCCCAAAGGGUCACUUGGUUGUAUACGUAGGAGAAAACCAUAAGAGAUAUGUCAUCAACAUCGCAUUACUCAAUCACCCACUUUUCAAGGCCUUGCUGGAUCAAGCUCAAGAUGAAUACGAUUUCAUUGCACAUUCAAAACUCUAUAUUCCUUGCAAUGAACAUCUUUUCCUCACUGUCCUUCGCUCUGCAACCUCUCCAUACAAGGAACGUGUGUUUUUGCGCCUAUGA